AUGCAGACUGAUUCUACAAAUAUUUGUGAAAGAAUGGGUCGCUCUCAGGAGCUCAGUGAAUUCAAGCUUGGUACCGUGAUAGGUUGCCACCUGUGCAAUAAGUCCAUCCGUGAAAUUUCCUUGCUACUAAAUAUUCCACAGUCAACUGUUGGUGGUAUUAUAACAAAGUGGAAGCAACUGGUACCAACAGCAACUCAGCCACAAAGUGAGCGGGGUCAUCGCAUGCUGAAGUGCACAGUGUGCAGAAGUUGGCAGCUGUCUGCAGAGUCAAUAGCUAAAGACCUCCAAACGUCAUGUGGCCUUCAGAUUAGCACAACAACAGUGUGUAGAGAGCUUCAGGGAAUGGGUUUCCAUGGC